CAAGGCGGUGCAGUUCUGCCGCCCACCCACUGUUUGACAGGCAAUGCCGUAACCUGCCCGAUUGAUUGCACUCCCACCAUGGAUGCAGCCGAGGAUCGAGAUAUAAAACUGCAGCGAGCCUCUAGUGAUCUAGUGGCAGAGUUCUCGGCAAAGCUACCGUCCCUGCUUUGGAAAUCCAGGUCCCAGAGUGGAACCCCCGACUCUCCGCGCAGAUGGACUCAUGUCACGAAGACGGAGAGGCUGGUUGGCCUUCUUGAGCCUUUCCAGGAAUGGCCCCAGCUCUUAGAUCCGCAUCUACAGAAGCUGCUGCCCCCUCUCGUGGAUGCUUUUCUGGCAUAUCUGAUCAAGAGCCGCGAUCAAUAUGGUCUGCGGGCUACCAAGUCCCAGAAGGGUGGGUCCCUAUACCCUCUUCCAAGGGCUAUCUGCAGACUGCUCUACACUUUCUGCAAAGUCCGCGGUGUCAAGGUGGUCAGCCGGUUCCUCAACAACGAGCCGAAGUACCUGGGCGUUAUGCUGCGGGCUUUUAUCGAGUGGGAUAAAACCAUUCAACGUGGUUCCGAGGCAGAUGCAGAUGCAGAUCCCAUAGAUUCCCAACUUCAGGGUCUGGUCUGGGAAGAGCGGUACGUGAUGCUGGUCUGGCUCUCGCAUCUCCUGCUCGCUCCCUUUGACCUGUCUUCAUUGUCAUCGGACGAUAUUCCCGUGCCUUAUGAAAAUCUCUACCAGCUAACAUGGUUACCUUCCAAUACUCCAAUGAUUGCAAAAUCGCUCCUCUCAUUGUCAUUGCACUACAUCAGUGCUUCUGGUAAGGAGCGUGAGGCAGCCACAGCACUCUUGGCUCGACUUGUUCUUCGGGGUGAUAUGCAAACCCUCGGGCUCCUUACCGGUAUGACAAAUUGGGCAUUCGAGACAUUUCAUCCUGCAAAGGAUGUGGAAGAGCCACCUUCGGUCUAUGCGUGCAUUGGGGUGCUAUCAUUCAUUGCCCGAUUGGGAGCGUCGGGUCAAAUGGAAGAUUUUGCUCCCUUGGUGAUAUCUGUCUUUGAGAAAACACUACGAGUAUUUCAAAAGCAUACCCUUGUUUCUCACGCCAUAAAGUCCUCAGCAUUAGCACGAAAGACUGUGGUCAAGAUCCUCCGCAACAUUACAGUCAUGGCCUUGUCUCUCAGCGAUCGCGGGCACGCUUGCAUCACAGAUGAACAGGUGUCGAGCAUAUUGGAGGACGCCAUUGACCAUUUCCUGAUUGCUCUCGCAGACAAAGAUACGCCCGUGCGGUUUGCGGCGAGCAAAGCGCUGAGCAUCAUCACCUUGAAGCUGGAACCCGGCAUGGCAACUGAGGUCAUCGAAGCAGUCAUUGGCUCAUUGGGAGAAAACAUACUCUUUGAGAAAGACGACGGUGCUUUAAUCACACCUUAUGAGGCGCGACAAAUACGCACCCACACACUCAGACGGAACCUCAGCGCGGUGGAUGCCCAGCGAUGGCAAGGACUGAUCCUCACUCUCUCCCAUUUGCUUUUCCGCCGCGCACCCCCGACCAGCCAACUCCCUGAUAUUCUUCAAUCCCUUUUCUCGGGUCUUGAUUUCGAGCAGCGCUCCUCGACUGGCAGCUCUGUGGGAACUGGUGUACGCGACGCGGCCUGUUUCGGCAUCUGGGCCUUGUCUCGAAAAUACACCACUCCAGAGCUGCAAGCCUUGCAACCACAAACGAUCACCUCUCUAGAUGGGCCGAGAGAGGUGAAUGUUUUGCAAAGGCUGGCUGUGGAUCUUGUCUGUGCCGCCUGUGUUGACCCGUCUGGAAAUAUCAGGCGUGGUGCUUCAGCGGCUCUUCAAGAGCUGAUUGGCCGACAUCCCGAUACCAUCGUCGAGGGGAUUCCUCUUGUUCAGGUUGUGGACUACCACGCGGUUGCCCGGCGUUCACGUGCGAUGAUCGAUGUGGCUAAGGCGACAGUCUCUCUGGAUCAGACCUACUGGAGCCCGCUUUUGGAAACCUUGAUGAGCUGGAGGGGGAUUGGAUCGCCAGAUGCCGAGUCAAGGAGACAGGCUGCCAAGUCGAUCGGAAAUAUGAGCACACAAGAGAUGUUCAAGACCAUGCAUCUCGUGUUGGAGCGGCUUCAAAGCAAGCUUGCCAAGACUCCUCCAAACGAUGUUGAAUGCCGGCACGGCUGUCUAUUAGCCAUUGCUGCCACAGUGGACGCAUAUACCAAUCAACGGAAUACAGAUUCGGAAACCAGCGAUGUUCAUGAGGCCAAGGAAGUCUCGGCCCAAGUGCUAAAGCUGUGGGAUAUCUUUGGGUCGCCCAUUGGUCCCACUGAUGAUGACUUGAAGCUUCAGAACACCCGGCCUGAAUUAACAGCAGAGGCAUCGUCAGACUUGAUCUCUUCACUGUCUCGGUCUGUGUAUGGAACCGUUCGAGCAGCGCCCUCUCAAACACUUCUUGAUCGAGCCCUUCAAAUCCUCUCACUCUGCGUCUCCCGAAGUGAUAACACCUCUAUUGAAGCGGCCGCGAAUGCAUUAUCACAGCUCUUUCCUUUGCUUUCUUCAUCGAAGCAGGACGAAACUGUGCAGGCAUGGUUCAGUCAUUUGAAUACUACAUGGAAACUACCAACCGGUCGGGGCCAAAUCCUCGCUCUAAGUGCCGUUUUCAAGCAGUUCGAGGUUAAGCAGGAUCUGCAAGGCAAUAUCAUCACACAGCUAUUCCGAUGUACCGACAAAGAAGAGCUCAUUGAGAAACGUGUCGCUGCUGUGAGGUGUUUGGCCACUGACGUUCUACCACAUAUGAAUAGUAUGUGCUUCCAGGUGCUCAGACGUCGAGGAUUCCAAGCUAACUAUCUAUCAGGUGUCACGAAUCAUGUUGCGAACGGCUUCCUUGGGGCAUUGAAUGAUUACACCACCGAUCGUCGAGGAGAUAUUGGGUCAUUGAUCCGGGUUGAAGCAAUCCAGGCCGCCGGUAUCCUCCUCAAGAGAGAGCCUAAAACAACACCAUGUUCCCCACUAACCCAGGAAUUGGUUCGAUGUCUCUGUCGCCUGGCUAGCGAAAAGCUCGACAAAGUCAGACUACAGGCAUGGCUUUGUUUGCAGAACUUUUGGGAAUCGGCCACGGACUUCCCUCCACUAAGCAGUAGAUUCGAACAUUUCAGCCAUGUGUCCUCGAAAGAGUACUUCCUCCAACUGCUCAGUCUGCAACCGAUUGACUGGCUACGUGUUCCACUGCUGCAAGGAUUGGCAACAUCUGCUGUCGCCGGUUCUGAAGGCUUAGUUCGGGCUUGUCGGUCUGCGUUGGCUGAAUAUCUCGAUUCUUUCACUGCAUCUCAACGUCAAGAGAUCUUGAUGACUUUUGUGAAAGAUCUUUCGACCAUAUUGAGCGACAAUCUCCAAGAUGACCGCUACGCCCCUCCGACCAUCGAGUUCCUUGCGUUUUUGAUCGAUGGCUAUAUUAACGUCGUCCCAGAUGGGUCUGAUCCGAGUUUCCGAAAACUAUUCGUUCUUGUACAGAAAGCACACCUCCGGUCUUCCAAUAUAGCCCGCCUCGAAGCUGCGGCAAAGGUCUACGCAGCGUUGGCCAGGAUUGAGAGUCUCCGGUCGGAUGUUUUGAAGAAACUGACGGGGAUGCUAUUGCAUCCUUUUCCGAGGGUUCGCGCAUCUGCUGCAGAUUAUCUAUUUGUGGUGACCGAUUCCGAGAUGGUCAAGUAUGAGGACUGGUCAGCGCAGCCAAAGCAGUUGAUGGGUCAGGUUGAGGGUUUGCGGGCUGUUCUAAUCCAGUAG